AAAAACGUAUAAAAAGCGAAAAUCCUCUUAAUUAUAACAAUGAAUACCUGGAUCGACUUGAAGAAACUAAAAAUAGUUACCUUCGAAAUAUAGCAAUCAUACAAAAGUCGAUUGAAACGAAAAGAUCUUCUUUACCUCCACUCUCUCCUGAAAAUAUCGCUCAUCUCGAAAAACAAUUAUACGAAUUACCAAUAAACGGAGAAACUCUGAAAAAAGUAAAGCAAGAAGCAGAAAAAG